AUGACAGAAUUUUGGAAUCCAGUUUAUUGGGAUAAUAGGUUUAGAAAAGAGCGAGAAUUUGAGUGGUUAGUUAGCUCAGAUUGUUUCGUUGAGCAAACUAAAUCCUAUAUCGCAUCUGCAAAGUCAAUUUGCAAUAUAGGAUGCGGCAAUAGCAAUCUUUCAGCUUCUAUUAGGGUUUUUAAUAAAUCUGCAGCAAUCCAUAACCUUGAUUAUUCUUCAGUCGCUAUAGAGCGAUCAAAAGAACUCAACAAAGAUAACGAUAAUCAGCAUUUCUACAUAGUUGAUCUACUCAAAGAGGAAGACGUUGUUAAUGCACUCUCGGACGCGAAUAUAGAUCUCAUAGCUGAUAAAAGCACCUCAGAUUCACUCAGCACUGGCGAAGAUAUUCAAUUGGAUGGUAAACCGACCGCACCAGCGGCCGCAAUGGCUAUAAACCUCGCGAAAGUAUGUAAAACAGGCACUAGGUGGGUAUUCUGCUCAUAUUCGCCUUAUCGCCUUGAAUCACUUGCUGGAACGUGCAACCUCUGGACUGUCACUCAUGAAUGGUCAAUAAUCGCAGAGGAAAGCAGUGCAGAAUCAAACGUCCACAGACCAGAAAUUCGUCAUUACUUUGUAGCUUUAGAACGAAUGUAGAUGCCGUCAUUCAUUCCGAAAUUGCUUGAUAAAAACGCAUUUUCGGUCCCUGCAUGAGAGAAUUUUGAUUUAAUCAAUAGCAGAAGCAACAUAAAUAAGGAAAAUGAUGCGAUGAAUAUACAAAUAUAUAUCUAGAAUAAUGUGGAAUCGGAUGUCG